CGGACCCGGGGGCGGGGCAAGGCGAGGAAGCGGAAGCGGCGGCUGCGGAGCGGGGAUCUGCGCCUGCCUAGGCCCCACGUGCGCGAGUUGCUAUGAUGGAAGUUAAAGGGAAAAAAAAAUUCACAGGAAAAGGUACAAAGACAUCACAAGAAAAAAACAGAUUUCAUAAAAACAAUGAUUCUGGUUCUUCAAAGACCUUCCCAAGAAAAGUUGUUAAGGAAGGUGGACCUAAAAUUACAUCUAAGAACUUUGAGAAAAGUGCCACAAAACCAGGGAAAAAAGGUGUGAAGCAGUUCAAAAACAAGCAGCAAGGGGAUAAAAUACCAAAGAACAAAUUCCAGCAGGCAAAUAAAUUCCACAGGAAGAGAAAAUUCCAGGCGGACAAUACAAGUGAUGAUUCAGCAGCCAAGAAACCCAAAUGGGAUGACUUCAAAAAGAAGAAGAAAGAACUGAAGCAGAGCAGGCAACUCAAUGAUAAAACCAACUAUGACAUUGUUGUUCGGGCAAAGCAGAUUUGGGAGAUCUUAAGAAGAAAAGACUGUGACAAAGAAAAAAGAGUGAAGUUGAUGAGUGAUUUGCAGAAGUUGAUUCAAGGAAAAAUUAAAACUAUUGCAUUUGCACAUGAUUCAACUCGUGUGAUCCAGUGUUACAUUCAGUAUGGUAAUGAAGAACAGAGAAAACAGGCUUUUGAAGAACUGCGAGGUGAUUUGGUUGAAUUAAGUAAAGCUAAAUAUUCCAGAAAUAUUGUUAAGAAAUUUCUCAUGUAUGGGAGUAAACCACAGAUUGCAGAGAUAAUGAAAAGUUUUAAAGGCCACGUGAGGAAGAUGCUCCGACAUGCAGAAGCAUCGGCCAUCGUGGAGUACGCAUACAAUGACAAAGCCAUUUUGGAGCAGAGGAACAUGCUGACAGAGGAGCUCUAUGGGAACACGUUUCAGCUUUACAAGUCAGCAGAUCACCCAACUCUGGACAAAGUGUUAGAGGUACAGCCAGAAAAACUAGAGCUUAUCAUGGAUGAAAUGAAACAGAUUUUAACUCCAAUGGCCCAAAAGGAAGCUGUGAUUAAGCAUUCAUUGGUGCAUAAAGUAUUCCUGGACUUUUUUACCUAUGCACCCCCAAAACUAAGAUCAGAGAUGAUCGAGGCCAUCCGAGAAGCUGUGGUGUACCUGGCUCACACGCACGAUGGUGCCAGAGUGGCCAUGCACUGCCUGUGGCAUGGCACGCCCAAGGACAGGAAAGUGAUUGUGAAAACAAUGAAGACUUAUGUUGAAAAGGUGGCUAAUGGCCAGUACUCCCAUUUGGUUUUGCUGGCGGCAUUUGAUUGUAUUGAUGAUACUAAGCUUGUGAAGCAGAUAAUCAUAUCAGAAAUUAUUAAUUCCUUGCCUAACAUAGUAAAUGACAAAUAUGGAAGGAAGGUAUUAUUGUAUUUACUAAGCCCCAGAGAUCCUGCACAUACGGUACGAGAAAUCAUUGAAGUCCUGCAGAAAGGAGAUGGAAACGCACACAGUAAGAAAGAUACAGAGAUCCGCCGACGCGAGCUGUUAGAAUCCAUUUCUCCAGCUUUGUUAAGCUACCUGCAGGGACACGCCCAAGAAGUGGUGCUAGAUAAGUCUGCGUGUGUUUUGGUGUCCGACAUUCUGGGAGCUGCCAUUGGAGAUGUUCAGCCUGCCAUGAAUGCCAUUGCCAGUUUGGCAGCAGCAGAGCUGCAUCCAGGUGGCAAGGAUGGAGAGCUUCACAUUGCAGAACAUCCUGCGGGACAUCUAGUUCUGAAGUGGUUAAUAGAGCAAGAUAAAAAGAUGAAAGAAAAUGGAAGAGAAGGUUGUUUUGCAAAAACACUCAUAGAGCAUGUUGGUAUGAAGAACCUGAAGUCCUGGGCUAGUGUAAAUCGAGGUGCCAUUAUUCUUUCUAGCCUUCUCCAGAGUUCUGAUCAAGAAGUUGCAAACAAAGUCAAAGCUGGACUGAAAAGCCUGAUUCCCACAUUGGAAAAAAACAAAAGCACCAGCAAAGGAAUAGAAACUCUGCUUGAAAAACUGACCACUUAGGUGGAAGCAGUUAAGAACGAGAUGGAAUCAUUUUUCCUGUUCUGUUCCAUUUUCCCAGUGUGGAAAAGAAGGGCUAGGGUCCACCUUAUUGGUAAUUUGGGUGCUCCAUAGAUGUGUUUCUUCUUUGUGUAAGAAUCUAUUUAUAAAAUGUUUUCUAAAAAUGGUCUUUUUU